AUGUCCGCCGCCGAUUUCGUCGCCAUGGUCUCCCAUCCUCACUUUCUGGGCACCCCGCGCAUCCAGACACAACAUUUCAUCGGAAUGACGAAGUGGGAGAAGGUCAGCGAAACGCAAAUCCUGGGACACCACCAAAUGAGGGUCGCCCACCAGAAGCAUGCGGACGACGAGUUGAAGGAGGUAACUGUAAAAGGACAUUCUCACGGUACGGGCACAAUAACAUACCGGAAAAUCGAUGGGGUCUGGAAGUUUGCGGGAAUUGAGCCGCAUGUAAGAUGGACCGAGUUUGGAGGGGAAGGUCUCUUUGGGCCACCUGUGGAGGAGACCUAUACCAGCGACCUCACAGCUGCCGUCAAGACCCUUGUGUCACAGUCCCCGAGUCUCUUGUCCUCCGGCUCUCAACCGUUUCUUCCCCCAGACGCUCCCAGCGAAGCCCACCGGGCACGACAGUCGAUUCUAACGACAACCACCAGACUACAGACUCUACUCUCCAGCCCCACGGAUUUCCUCCAUCAUCUUACCGUCCAGAACCAGCUGCUCGCCUGUCUCCAAUGGCUGGGGGAAUUCCAGGUCCUCGCCUGCAUCCCCCUCAGCGGCAGCGUUCCCAUCAAAGACGUCGCGGAUCUGGCUGGUGUUCCUGAGACUCAUAUGUCGCGCAUUGUUCGGAUGACAGCAACGGCCGGUUUCCUGAAGGAGCCUCAGCCUGGCCAGGUUGCACACAGCGCGCUUUCCGCUCCGUUCGUCACCAAGCCGUCUUACCUCGACGCCGUCAUGUUUCUCGCCGGCACAGUUGCUCCAGCCGCUUUACAGAUGCCCACUGCAACUCAGCGAUUCGGCUCGUCUCUGCGUCCAAACGAAACAGCCUAUAACAUUGCAUUCAACAAUCCAGCCACCUUUGCUAGCACUAGUGAACAGCGUCCCAAGCUUCAGCGUCAAUGGCCUGCUUUCCUGCGUUACGGAACGAAGGACAUCGACGAUCACACAACAGACCUACUCGCUAGACUAGACCAUUUUCGCCGAGGCAACAUAUCAGUCGUCGAAGUCGGCGCCCGCUCAAUUGACCGCGCAACAAUCCUCGCAAACCUCUACCCCUCCCUACAUAUCACGGUCCAAAUCGCAGCCCCAACAACAGGACCAAACAGCUGGUCUUCACAUCCCCAAACACCCUACUCCAAACAUGACGACCUGCGUCCGCUGAGCUCUAGCCAUACCAACAAAGGCAACACUGCCACAAGCAGCAGCAGCAGCUCCUCCUCCUCCUCUCCCUCAAGCCCCAACAUAACAAUCCAACAACGAACCCCAACAACCACACAACCCAUAUCCGACGCCUCCGUCUACAUCUUACACCUCCCAUCCCCCUCACCUACCAUCCCAUACGGGUCCCUUGCUACACGCAUAAUCGCUGAGCUCCGCGCACAUCUCGACGUCCUCCGCUCCAACCCCGCCGCAACGCUUAUCCUAACCCCGCGGCUGCUCCCGGACCCGGCGGCUGUGAACGCGGACACUGAGGCGUCUGCAAGAUUACGGGAUUUGUCUCUACUGCAGCUAGCUAAUGAGCGGGAGAUUGACCUUUCCGAGCUGAUGAAUAUGCUGAAUAGUGUAAGUGAUAGUAUGGGGAGCCGUCUCUAUAUCGCCCUGCUCAGCCUCUCUUUGGGCAUUUUUCCGGUUGCCGCACAGGACCAGACAGCCCGGGUCUGGGCAGUAUUUGGAUAUACUGUCAAUGGGGAGAGAAUCCCGAAGGUUUUCCCACGUCAUCCGAAGUCAUUGACACCAUAUGGAGCAUACCAACUGCAUGAAGCUGGGUCUGCCUUUCGAGACCGAUAUGUCGCUCUCGACGGGGUUGACAGCGACACCAGUGAAAGGAUCGUGAACAUCGCUCCUGAAUUGCUCAACACCGAAGAUGUCAAGGUCGCUUCCACGCCCGAUACAGCCGUCCUUGCAUCCGCCCAGGCAUUCAUGCAGGGCGUUUAUCCACCGCUCAAAGAAUCCUUCAACUCCUCGUUCUAUGGAGGUGACUUGGAAUUGGCCGACGGCUCUAGUGUCCAGGCCCCGCUUGGGGGAUAUCAAUAUCCCUCCAUCGAAACGUUCGGGUUCGACGACCCUCAGUCCGUCAUGAUCGCCGGUCAAGCGCUCUGUUCUGCACAUGGCUCUGCAAACCUUCAAUACCUUAGCAGCAAGGAAUUCUGGGCAACUUAUGCGGACUCAGCAGCAUUCUAUGCUCACCUCUAUUCUCAGGCUAUUUCUGGAGGAUUUGACAUGAAGGGUGCCAACUUCGCAAACGCAACCAGCAUCUCCGAGUUUUUGGACUACCAGGCUAUGCAUAACGAGUCUUUGUUGCAUAACUUGGGCCAAGAGGACGUCGAACGUGCACGAUGGUAUGCAGGCCAAUACGUAUACGAAACAAAUGGAAACACAUCAUCAUCUGAUGAUGUUAAAGACGGCAAAAUCAGAGCAAUUGCAGGGCAAGGCCUGGCAUCCAAUGUUCUUGACGCUUUUGAGAGCAGUAUCAAAGGGCAGGGUGCCCACGGGAAGAUGACCCUUCGGUUUGGUAGCUCCCAAACAGCAGUAUCGUUCGCCUCGCUCUUACAACUGGACAACAAACAAAAUGCGAACUUUACUUCCCUGCCAAAUCAGGGAGCCUCGUUUGUGCUUGAGUUGUUCAGCCUGGAGAGCGAGAGCUACCCUACGUUCCCCGAUCCGUCACAACUCUAUGUUCGGUUCCUCUUUCGAAAUGGGACAGGUGCUGAUUUCAGGUCAUAUCCGCUCUUUGGAUACAGUCCUAGCAGGGUUGUUCUCCCAUACAGUGAGUUUAAAGACAAUAUGCAAGGUGUGUCACUGGGUUCGAUCGCAGACUGGUGUCAACGCUGUGACUCGUCCGCCGUGUUCUGUUCUGGCGUCGUUCCUGCAGCCAAGCCAGGCGUGAGCAACCCUAAAGAAGACAAGGGCGGUAUGCAUCCUGCCGUUGCUGGGGUUGUUGGUGCUGCUGUUACCGUCGGUGUAUUGACUCUCUUCGCUGUUGUUGGAUUCUUCUGUUGUCUACGCACGAACCGGGUGCGUCGUAAGUCGAGUCUUGGAGGCUUCAAAAGGAAUAGCAAGAUGGCCAGCGAUUCGGAUGUCACAUUCAACAAUCCACAAUGGGGGGCCGACAUCAAACCCCCCGCAGCUUCAGCCAGAGGGUAUGAGCGACAUGGCAGCUGGGAAAUGGCCAACAGCCCUCCACGGCUUGCAAAUUGCAGGGUUAGGUCGUCAGCUCUAACAGACGAUAUUGAAGAAGAGUGGCAGUUGCAUAAUAGUAUGGAGCCUGUCAAAGCACGAGAGCAUGUGUGA